GCGACGUGUAUCUCUACACUUUAGCCCGCCCCAAUCAACGGUAUCAACUCGUGUGUGGAAAUAGGUCCGUGUUUGAGUUGAUGUAGCUAACACUAGGGAGUACCUUUCGGCGAAUAGGAUGAUGCUUGGAGUUGUUUACUUCUUUCGUCGAUUGUUUUUGGGGGGUCCUCGAAAAGAGUGUGGAAAGGCUAGAGGAAGCCACAUCUAAUUCGGCGACAUUGACGUUCGCUGAGACAAGCACUUCAAGUAAAGAGCAGAAUCCAGCAGCCCCAGCAUCGGACAACUAGCUAGCUAGAUAGUUCGUAGUUGUUAGCUAUCCACCUCUGUUAAACAACAAGGUGUCCCGGAGAGUAUUAUACCAAGAUUGCAGAUUGUUAGCGUGCCAAUUAGGACAGGAGUGCCACGGAGACCCAUACGGGCCUAGUGGUGCAGCAUGUGAUGACCCACGCCCAGAACAAAGGUUCUCUUAGUCAGAGUCGUAGCACAGUGACGCAGGAACACUGCCCCGAUAGGCCACAUGGUGAGACCAUGGGCGGGGCCUGGCCUGAGCGCACGCUGCGAUUCGGCAGGACCAUGAAGAAGGGCGGAACUAAGCGAGGAAGGGGCGGGGUUAAAGAGAUGAUGGACAGGAGGGAGAAGACUCCGGAGCGGAAUAGGAGGCGGAGCAGGAAAUCUUAUCCCUUACGAGGAAGGGGAGGUGCUCCGGAGGAGGAGGGACUUAGCUGUCACGUUUUGCUCACCCGACUGGAGAAGGACAUCCAGGAGCAGGAGGACACCAGUGAGAGGGGGAAUGAUUCGCCAACUCAACCGUCCGUCAAUCCUGAAUCCCGGAGCAAGAAACUGGACAAAGGAAAAGACAAAGCCAAGGGGAAAGUCCUGGCAAAGAAGAUGAUACCAAAAACUAAAUCAAAAAGCACCAGUGAUGAGCAGGGGUCGCCAUUUCCAGAGCCGCGUAAGCGACGGCUAGCUUCUCUCAACGCUGAGGCCGUGAACAGUCUGCUGUUGGAGAGACCUAACGAGACCCAGCCGGCUUCUAAACAGGCCAGGAGACAGCAGGAUGAGCCUACCAGCGGUGAGUCGUUCCUGGGGACAGAUGCAGCCAGGCGCGGGGUGACCGGAAGUCCUAAUGCUCCAAGAGCCAGCAGCAAGGCCUCCGCAUCGCACAAGCCUGACCCGUGCCAAAGCUCCAGGAAGACUAAGAAGGUCUCCAAGAAACCGGCCAAACCAGACAGAGGACAGAAGAAAGAGAUGAUGACUUUACAAAUGUUACACACCCCUGCUCCCCGACGGCUAGCUGGACUCAACGCUGCCACGCUGCUAAAGUUAACGAGCACCUCGGCGACUAGCAAACAGCGAUUGAAAACGACAUCAACGACUACAACGAUGGACUGCAAGGCUACGAGCACCGCAUCAGUUGACGUGAAGCAGAAGCAACCGCAACGGCGACCGAAUCUUAAAACGUGCAGCCGCCAGCCUAAGCAGAAGGGAAGGCAGUUGAUUCCAGAAGAGGUAGGCUGUUCUGCCUGCAAGAAGUCCAACUUCAAGAAGCCCAAAGUGGAGUGGGAGUCUGGCGGUUGCACCCACCGGCUAACCAAACCAGGCUACCAGUCGCGCAGCAUGCUAGCCUACCCGUUGAAGCCCGUUGUCAAAGAGGAGCAGGUGGAGUCAGAGCUGAGCCCAUACUACUGCUGUCCCCCGGAGGGCUCUGUGGAGUACUGCCAUCGCCUGGCCUUGUUCCUGGGUCAGCAGGCCUACGCCGACUCUGAAGAACGACCUUUAAACUCUGCCCUAACCUCUGUGAAACGGGAGUGCCUAGUGACGGCACCCUCCCAUCCCCACUCCCACGCAGCCCUGACCCUCAGCCCCCACCCCUGCCUCUGCACCGCCGACCCCGCCUGCUUCUCCAGCUACUACGUCCACAUCGCCCAUCCUACACACCCUGGAGCUCCGUCGGCCAACCUCAGCUCGCGACCUCUGAACUUUGGCUCCUCGACACUGUGUCCCGGCAGGGUGUCUGGCUCCAAGCUGCUGGGUCCUCCGGUGUCCCAUUCCUCGACGCUGGCCCAUCCUGCCUUCUGUGGCUCAGUGGGCACUCCCUGCUACAGCGAGGCCUGUAGGGUCAGCGGCUACACAUACAGAGCCAUGCAGCCGGUCAACAGCAGGGGUUGCUCUUUCUCCACAGGCUGCUCCGGGUGUACACACAGCAUCAAGACAGAGGGUUACUCCUCCCCCCAGGGUGACCACAACCCCUCCCUUCUGGUUUCUCCCUCACUCCCCCUCUCAGGCUGUCCCCUCCCUACCACCCCGUCCUCCACCCAGGCCAAGCCCCGUCUCCUCACCCCCCUGUCUGACCGCAGUGUGCCCCAGGCCAGGCUGAAGCUGGCCAGGGAGUGCCCUCAGGGCUCCAAGCCCCCUAACGGCUCUCUGUCCAUGGGGAGAACCAGGCUGUCCCAGAAACAGCCAGCUCCGACACACAACCUAUCUCCCGCCAAGCAGAAGCGGGUCAGCCACCGACGGGCCACCAACGGGUGGCUGCCUGUAGGAGUGCCCACAGAGAAAGAAGUGUUCAUUGCGGGGGAGGACGAGACGGCCUUACGGCAGUGUUAUGAAGGAGUACAGAGAGACGGCGAAGUGAUACGUGUCCGAGACACAGUGCUGCUGCGCGCCGGUCCCCGGAAGAAGUCCCUGCCCUACGUCGCCAAGAUAUCAGCGCUAUGGGAGGACCCCAAAUCUGGAGAGCUGAUGAUGAGCCUGUUCUGGUACUAUCGACCUGAACACACACAGGGAGUCCGAGACCCCAGCAUGCACUGUGAGAACGAGAUUUUUGCAUCUCGGCAUCAAGACGAGAACAGUGUGGCCUGCAUCGAAGACCGAUGCUAUGUUCUCCCAUUAGCGCAGUACUGUCGAUUUUGUGCCUUGGUGAAGCGGCGUGCAGAGGGUGUGCCCCCUGGCGCUGCCAGAGUGGUCCCCUGCCCCUCAGACUUCGACCCCCCCGACCACCGCCAGGUGCCCGCCGACAUAGACCCUGAACUGGUGUACCUCUGCCGCCACGUCUACGACUUCCGCUACGGACGCAUCCUGAAGAACCUGCAGUAGUGGACAGCAGAGCAGACAGACCAACCGUAGUGGAGCACACACACUCCUUCACAUGGGGCUGAAGGAUGAGAGGGGGAACCCCUGAAGGGUUUUGGGGGUCCCCUGAACUGGAUGGAGGGCUGCUGAAGGAUCAAGUAUUGGAGGGGGACCACUGAUAUCUGAAUCCCCAGAAUGGCGUUGAAGGAGUGGGUACUGAAGUACCUUACCCCCUUUUACAACUGUUACUAGGGAGGUGAAGUUUUGACCCCCUCAACUGGAACUAGAACUGUACUGGCUCGGACAGAAGGGAAAGAUCUGCUAGCUGUCCUGGUUAACCAUGUCCUGCUAUACCAGGGCUCAUCACCAUGUGCAUGGACAGCCAUGUUGGUGACCUAACAAGAGGAAGAACUGCGCUACCAGAGCCAUACAGUGCUCGUCAUGACGUUGAUGUUAGAGCCUGAUGUGAUGACAACGUUCUUCUUCAUUUGUGUUUGUCUCUGAGGCAGCUGUGAUCGAGAGGGCACUUGCAGCUUGAACACACACACAAUGAGGUUUUAUGUCCCUGGUGUGUGUGUGUGUGUGUGUGUGUGUGUGUGUGUGUGUUCAGUCUGUUGGCUACAGUGAAACCACAGGUGCAGGUUCACAAAGGAAGUGGAAGUCUCACCUUCCCUUCCUGCAUUGUCCGAACAGAACACACUAUUCUGAAGUACCCUCAGCGCUGGCUGAGUCUCUAAUCAUACCCUAUUCCCCAUAAAGUGCAUUACUUAGCAGAUAAAUGUUACCGUAGAGCAGGGUUCCCCAAUAGGCAGCCCCCCAAGUUUUCUGAACAAUUUUUAUUUAUUUAUUUAUUUCUAAAUACUGAUUGUUGUGGGACAUAAAAAAAACUGUAAAAUCAGCUCGAAGUGAUUGAAUUUAGGAAAUCUGUCCUCAAGUAUUCCCACUCAUAAAUGGAGAUGAUCAUAUCCCAGUGUAAUCAAGGUUUGAAAUUAUGUUUUUGUCAAAUACUAUAUCUGUUUGGGAUACUUGUGGUCAAUUUGCAGGGUACAAAUAAUUUAUAACCAUCUACUGGCUCCCCGACCAUCCGCUUAAGAAGAAAUUGUCCCUGGCUGAAUUGGGAACCCUGCUGUAUCGGGCUUUGGGCAAAGACAGGGCACUAUAUGAAGAAUAGGGUCAUGUGAGAUGAAAUCCCCCCCUGACCCCCUUUUUCUGUUCCUAAGAGCAGGACUCGUCAUGCUUUUGUCCAACGGUCCAAUGGAGAGCCCCCUUACUGUGGAGGGCUAACCUCUCCCAUGCUCUGCAUUGGCCUAUCAGAUGGAGGGUUGUUGAUGUCAGUGCCCACAUCUUUGGAGUGUUCAGAAGUCUGAAACAUUCCAGAACGUUCAAAUGGAAAUGUAACGUAUUGCAGAGACCAUUGGUUACUAUACAUGUCUAUCUUAACUUUCUGUAAUGUUGCACUCUCCUGAACGCGACCCUGUUGUUCCCAUGACUUGCCUUAUGACUUGCAGGUAGAGCUUUAGGCAGCUAGUCCCAUCCAAUUAGAAAUUGGAUGAGUAGAAUGGAAAAAGUACAAAACCACAGACAAAAUCCACAUAGAUUUCACCCCGGUCAACACUUUACCAUUGUUGUUUGAGUAUAACACUGAGAAAGGCUUGGUUUCCUCAGAGAUUCCCGAGUGAUAAGCAUUUUAUUCAACAUUACAACAUGGUACAUCCAAUAUGGCUGCUGGGCUACAUGUUGUGGAUCUUUGUCCAUUCUACUCAUUCUACUUCUAUCCCCCCAUCCCUUUCCAUCCUUCGAAGCUCCGCCCUCUCCAAGAUAAACCAAAGGAUGUCACGAAGCAGAGCACCACCACUCCUCUCCUUCUUCUCUUGUCCUCUUCCCGCCUCUCGUCUCCUCCCUCCCUUGUUAGAUUGCACUAAUCCAUUACUGAAUUACAACGUCUAUGAUUGUGUUCUGAUUUAUGUUAAGCUACUAAUAUGUUAUAUUAUAACUGGGGACAAUACUGUGUAUUAUCACUGUCUGUGCGCUUAGUAGAGAAUGGAAACUAAGGCUGUGUCAUGGCAACUUUUAUCAAUGCAUAACUACUUUAUGUGUUUUACUAUUAGAGACAUCCGCCAGCAUACUAUAUAUGUGUUACUUCAGGGGUGAAUGACCUUACUCCUAGCGAGCUACUGGGUAUGCAGGCUUUCGCUCCAGCCCUGCUCCAACAACUGAUUAGUAAAAGCAGGUGUGUUAGUUGGAGCAGGGCUGGAGCAAAAACCUGCAUAUUCAGUAGAUCUCCAGGAGGAGUGUUGGUCACCUCUGGUUUAUAUGUUACCUGCUAUCCAACCAACCUGUCAUAUCAUCUAAUGAAAUAAUAUGUACAAUGAAAAAUCAUUCCUGUAGAUUGUGGAUCCACACUGGUAUUAUUGUUGUUCAUCCACGUUGUCCAGGGGGUUCAGGUGAGUUGGCAUCUUGGUGUAACUCGCUGUGCGGAAUGACGUAAUGUGAUGUUCCGGAGGUUUGGCUUGGAAUCUCUGAAAAAUGUCCUUUUGAUACGCGUUAUUGAGAUGUGUUGGUUUUUAACCACAAUCAUUCAACAUUGCCUUGUAACCUUCUGCAGAAGUGUCUGUCCGUCACGUGUAGUCCUAGACAAGCGGCAGUGUCUGACUGAGUUAGUACUUCUUAAAACACUACCUUGGAUUGCUUUCUUACUGUGCAAAUGUUCUAUUGCUGGACUUUGUGCCUAAUCUGCAAAGUUUUGAAUAAUACCCAAAAGCCAUCUGAAACAUUUUCCAUUAUAACAGUUUGAAUCAUACCCCAAAAUAGCGACUAAACAAAGCUUGUAUCGGAUAAAUCAUAUAAAGGUUUAAAUUUAAAUAUUAUCAAUAGGUAUUUUGUUGCUAGUGGUGCCCAGAUUCUUUGAAAAAAAUAAUAUAUAUUCUCCUACUUUACAAUUUUUCCUUAUCGAAAAUAUUUUAUUAUGUCAAUUUCUUAAGAUGGCAUAUGCAAUAUAUUUUUCAGAGGGACUAUUUUUGACAAAUGUAUGUGUAAAUCAAGGAAGUAAAACUUUUUCAUUUUAUUUUAGCUUAGUUUUGAAUUUGAAUCACAAGUCAUAAAUUGAGAUUUGACCAAAAACCUGGAAGACGAGAAAUGGGAAGGGUUAGGUUAUGUUUUGGUUAAUUUCUGACUAUAAGGGUUGGUGCAAGAUCUGAGGUCCCUACCUAAAGGAUGUUGGUUACACUUUAUUUUACAGUCCAGUAUUCACUUGGGCCCAGAUUCACAAAACACUUCAUAAGAUUGUCACAAGUACAAUUCCUCAACAAUAUCUUAAGAUUGAAUGAUUUUCUUACGAACUUCUCAAAUAUCUUCUUACAAAUCAUCUUAAAAUGUUUGUUGCAAGGCAACCGUUUUAACUAGCUAUCUAGCUUGUAUGCCAAUGAUGUUAGCAUAUUUCUUCCUGAGAUUACUGUUCUAAAACAACAUGUUUUGGGGUUUAAAAUAAUAAGUUUGUGUGAAUUAAACAUGUUCAAUUGCUUUCAUGAGCUUUUUCCCUCACUGCCCUGAGUUUAAGACAAGGGUUUAGCUAUCUUGGAAUUAACAUUUCCAGGAACUUUAUUUAAGAAUCUAAUUUCUUAACUUUUUACUUAAGGAGAAACAUAAGAAAUUGCGCAAGAAAAUUUCCAAGAACCUUUUUGAGGAAUAGCAACUUUGCUUAACUUUCUUCUUAAGUCUAUAGUUGAGGAAGAAAUGUCUUCUUAAGACGAUGUUGUGAAUCUGAGCCCUGGUAUUUACUGUGAAUUUGCAUGGUUAAAUGGCAGUUAGUUACCUAAUAUUUACUUAGUAAUUACCUUUUAAUUUCUUAAGGAUUCAUUGGAAAAAGUAUAACUUGGUACCAAGUAGUUACCAACCUGAGUUGAAUUGUUUGAAAUAAUGACCAAAAGGCAGAAGGUGUCAUUUGAGACGUGACCUACUCUGUACUCUGCUGUGGUGUUACCACUUAAUAUCGUUCUGAAUACUAUAGAAAUACCAGCUAAAAGAGGACUGUAAAUAGAGUUUUAUGAAAUUAUUAAGUGUACAUAUUUGAACCCUGACUCUGUGACCCCUGACCCUCUGUAGACAGCAAUUGCACAGUGCAGUAGUAGUAUUUUUUUGCAAGACCUGUAGCUGAUGAUUAUAUUUAAAAAUGAAUACAUAAAUAUUUAAAUGGAGUAAACCAAUACAAUAUAUAAAGAUUUCAAUUUAACUUAUUUGGAUAAUGUGUUUUAAUUGAAAAAAGUCCUCUUGCUAAGACAUUUGUGGUCAAUAAUGAAAACAAUUGGUUUCUUGUUAUUAGUAAUUUAUGAGUUUGGAUAUUAAAUGAUUGAAUGGA